AUGGCAAUCCCAAGCACUGGAGUGUCAUCCGCGAUCCCAGCCAGAUCGAAGUUGCGAUCCUCGACCCUCAGGCGCCAUGCGUCCGCACUGGCCGAAACGUCAACAGAGAACUCAGCCCACGGGUCAAGAAAACACCAUGCCCUCGAAGAGGCAAACAAGCAGCUCGAAGCGGCCAACAAAAAGUUCAAAGACCGCGAGCACACCAUUUCAGCGCUCGAAAAAUGCAACGCGUCACUCAAGACCCAAGGUGACACCUCCUCGGCCCUAACCAUCUCCCUCGCCUCCUGCCUCAAGGAAACAACCACAAGCCUCGACGAGGCCAACCAAAAACUCGACAACGCAAUCACCAAGCGCGACAAUCUCGCCUCCCAACUCCAAGAAGCAAGGGCAAACAUGAUGAAGCUCCGGCGCAGCGACCGCACCAAAGAGAAGACGCAACAGCAGAACCUCGACCUCAAAGCUCUUCUGCACCAUCAAUCCGCCAGAUACAACAACAACAACAACAACAUCAUCAUCUCCUCUCUAAAAACAACAAAACCGCCUUACAUGUUGCAAUCCGCGCUUUCGGCAGCUAUGCGGCGUAUCGAUGCGCUCGAGACAAGUGGGGCGGGCAUUGCUUGA